ACAUUUCCCAAGGAGCCUUGCGCCGUGCCCAAGAAUCCGUGGGAAACGAUUGCGCCUGCGUAUCCAGACGUGGCAACGGCAUCAUGGCCUCUUGGAAGUGCUACGGGAGACAGAUGAGAGAGGCGAAAAUGUUCAUGCUGGUGUUGCUGGUGUGGCUGCUGCCGGUGCUGGAGGCAGUGAAGGUGUCUCCUCUUAUAGAGAAAGUCAGCGACCACAAAGACUUCAAGAAGCUGCUCAGGACGAGAACCAACGUUCUGGUGCUCUACACCAAGACAGCUACAUCAGGGGACUCCCACCUGAAACUGCUAUCAGAUGUGGCCCAAACAGUAAAGGGCCAAGGGACUAUUGCCUGGGUCAACUGUGGAGAUUCAGAGGGCCGUAAGCUCUGUAAGAAAGUGAAGGUGGACCCGAGCUUCAAACAUGGAGGAACAGAGCUGUUGCAUUACAAAGAUGGGACAUUCCACACAGAGUACAAUAGGCCCGCUACCUUCAAGUCUAUGGUAGCCUUCUUGAAAGACCCAUCAGGACCCCCACUGUGGGAGGAGAAUCCUGAGGCAAAAGAUAUUGUCCACAUAGAGACAGAAAAAGACUUCAGGAAGCUUCUGAAGAAAGAGGAAAGGCCCAUCCUCAUGAUGUUCUAUGCUCCCUGGUGCGGCGUUUGUAAGAGAAUGCAGCCCAUCUUUCAGCAAGCAGCCACAGAGACGAAGGGGAAAUAUGUACUGGCAGGGAUGAAUGUGAACCCGGCUGAGUUUGACGGCCUCAAGCAGGAGUACAACGUCAAAGGCUACCCAACCUUCUGCUACUUUGAGAAGGGGAAGUUCCUUUACCACUAUGAAAACUACGGAGCCACAGCCAAGGAUAUCGCAGACUGGAUGAAGAACCCUCAGCCCCCCCAGCCAAAGACCCCCGAUGUGCCGUGGUCGGAAACAGACUCCCCGGUCUUCCACCUGACCGAUGAGUCUUUUGACAGCUUCCUGGAGGAACAUCCCGCAGCCCUGAUCAUGUUUUACGCCCCCUGGUGUGGACACUGCAAGAAGAUGAAGCCAGAGUAUGAUGAAGCUGCUGAAAUACUCAACAAGGUCGCAAAUAGUCCGGGUGUGUUGGCAGCAGUGGAUUCCACAGUGCACAAAGCUGUGGGGGAUCGCUUCAAGAUCUCUGGCUUCCCAACUGUUAAGUAUUUCGAGAAAGGUGAGGAGAAGUACACGCUGCCACAGCUCCGAAGCAAAGACAAGAUCAUCGAGUUCAUGCACAAUCCCCAGGCACCUCCUCCACCAGAGCAGUCUUGGGAGGACAAGCCCUCCAGCGUCAGCCAUCUUGGAUCAGAGGAUUUUCGAGAGGCACUGAAGAAGAAAAAACAUGCUCUGGUCAUGUUCUACGCUCCUUGGUGUCCACACUGUAAAAACGCUGUUCCCCACUUCACUACAGCAGCAGAGCUCUUCAAAGAAGACCGCAAGAUUGUGUACGCAGCUGUGGACUGUACAAAAGGACAGAACCAUGAGCUUUGUAAGCAGGAAGGGGUGGAGGGCUACCCAACAUUUAACUACUACAACUAUGGCAAGUUUGUGGAAAAAUACAAUGGAGAUCGUGGGGAGGGGGGCUUCACAGGUUUCAUGCGCAGCUUAAGAGGACGUGAUCAGGAAAAGGUUGUCAAGAGGAAGGAGGAGCUCUGAGGGCAGCGUGCAGGGAGGGGGCGUUGCACUGCACAGUUUGUCAUUGCACUGUGACCCUUGACCCUGGCAAGGGCCCUAUCAGCACUGACGUGGGAGACUUGAUGACCUCAGCGAAAGGCUAUUUUUUUAAUACCGUGGUGAUCACAUUUGUAAUAAUACCAACAGAGUACCUACAGUCAGACCGACCACUUGAGACUAGUUUUUUCAUGGAUAUUCUGAUGGGCAGAAAAUCGACAGACAAAAAAGUAAUUUCUUUCUUCUUUUUUUGCCCAAACACUGUGACUGCAUAUGUGAAAAGCUACACCCUAUACUGUAUCUAUGCAAUACUGACCCCUGCUUAGCCCUUCGGGGGUCUGUGUGAGUGACAAUUGACACCCAUGGUGGUGGGUGGUGGUGGGCAUCAUUAUUUAAAGGUGGAGGCUGCACUAGCAAUUACUCCACACGAGUCCUAUUCCAGUACCAUCAACUCUGCUCUGUCUCUAGAAGGGACACAUUCUGAUUAUUGACAUACACCUGUUGGUUCCAAUAUUUUUGUACAGAACCUCAAGUCCAGAACCAUCCAGAUUAUUGCUUUGUUAUCCUCACAAAUCAGUUAGAAGAUAACUGCAUUUAACCCCUGAGAUCUAAAAGAAGUCCAUGGUUUGUACAGUAAAAUGUGAAGUGCUAUAAGGUACUGUAGCAAUGUGAAGUAGGUGAAAUCAUGGCCAAAGGGUCAAUAUUCUGGAUGGUUUUGGGCUUUCAUGAUUAGUUUUGCUUUUAGAAAGAACUUAAACAUUUUUGUUUGCUGAAAUCUGUAGCCUUGAAGAUAAAAAAAUAAUAAAAUGCUGGAAUUGCAGAAAUAUACAGUGAUGAGUGAGGCUUGUUGCCCUUGCAAUUCCCUCAAGUCAUGGACCAGAGCAAGUUAAAGGAGAAGAAAAAAACAAACAAGAACAUGAAAUGCCAAAUAUUCUUCUACGCAUUGCCCUUGAUAUUUUCAUGCUUCGUACAUUUCCAAAUAUUGACAACAUUCACUGCUGUAGUGACCUCUUGUAUCUCUGUUGUUCAUUCAGAAUGGGAUUUCAUCAAGAUUUUUACAAGGCUAGGGCUCAUUUACAUAAGCAUGGGAUAUGCUCAAGUAUGGUGGCUAAAUAUUGCAUGUUGAUCAUAAAAUGUCAACUAAACAUGAAUCUACCCUCCGUCCUCUGAACUAAUCAUGGAUUCCACCCAAUAUUCAACAAUCCCCUCUGCGUUCACACACUGUUCAGGGAGAUGCUGGAAUGAUUCAGACCUCUGGUUUACACUGGGCAUUCAGGGUUUUUGUUUAAGGGUACCCAGUCUGUUUCAUGCCCAUGUGUUUCCAAGGAGCCAAAAUGACAGCCCUCUGGACAGUUUUGUCUCAAUCUGCAUCUGCCUGCCAUGCCGGCCUGGAAUUGCUCAGCUUCAGUAAGCUUGGACAGUGCUCUCCCAUGCCUUCCAUCAAAUUCCAAGGGAUGACUUUAUAGUACAUCCAAGGAGUAAUUAAGCAUUAAGUAAGUGAAGUCUCCAGCCCCCUCCCACUUCUAGCAGCAUAACACCAUCGAUUCGGGGCCAUCAUCAUUACUUCCGUGGCGAUUGUUUUUUAAUGCUGUGUGUUUUCAACUCCCACGCUUUGGCCACUAUAAAUAUUUAAAGGCUUAUCUGUAGCUGAACUUGUGUUUUAUUAUUCAAUACUUUGGCUUCUUUCAUUAUGAAUAAGGUUCUCAGGGAUAGCGAAAUACAAUUAAAGGGAACUAGUUUGUUUGUAAGUUUGCAUUCCAGCUGAAUAAUUUUGAGCCCUUAGGUCACCAAAUUAAAUAUUGUUUACAUUUGUAUCCCAAGGGGGAAAAAAACAAUUGAAUUGUCCUUUUUGUCUGUGCUAUAUCAUGACAACAUGUAUUGAAUAAGACGUAUCUUCAGUAGAUGUUACUGAACCGUUUCUCAUCAAGCAUUAUCAUUGUGAUUCUUAAUAAAUUUCAUGGUAUGCAAGAGCAUUUUGAAAGAGUGCUUUACACAGUUAGGUGUGACAUAUCGCUGUAAUUAGGUGUUCAUUCUCCUCUGGAGGUGAAACAAUGACCUUUUGUUUACUGUGUCCAUUUGUUUUUGUUUAGGAGCCUCCGCAGUGACAUCACAUGUUUGUUGAAUAAUAGAAAGACCACCUCUUUCUUAUCCCAAAGGUAUCCAUGUUGUGUAGGAAGUUGUCACACUUAUGCCAAGAAGUCAUUGUUGCCUUUGUUGAUUUUUCUGUGCCCAGCCAUACCUACAGUUUUGCCCCCUGCAGUAAGGACCUUGUGAGAUGAUAAAAUUAAUAAAGUCAAACAUUUCCAAAA